UUGCCUUACAGCAAGAACGUCACUGGAUCUAGUCCUUACCAAGCCAGCCGACUGGGUUUCCCCCUGGUUCCACGGUUUCCUCCCACCGUUCAAAAACAUGCAACUUAAGUUGACUAAUCCAAAUCGGCACCAUAGACAUGCUCCUAGUAAAUAGUUAUCUCUCAAGAGCAAUCACCAUCUGUUCAUUAGCUACUACGGCGGAGGAGUUUCGAGAUCCACCUGAGCUCGUCUUGCAAACGGGAGGGAGCUUGGGCUCGAGGAUCUCAUGAGCUCAGGGCUCUCUUCUGAGACAGCAUGCCAAACACGCUUUAUAAUCAAUUAUCAGUGUGAACCCUGGAAAUAAACAGGAAACAACACCAUGUGAACCACAAUAUAUGGGAACUGUAAAUAACAGAUAUUUCUUACAGGUUAUGGUUGGCUAUUCCAAAAUAAUAGUGCUUUUUAAGACCUCUUAUUUUGUCCUCCAGGGUCACAUUUAGAAGAAAGUUUUGUUUUUUGUACAAAAAAAAAUAGACAUUUAUCUUGAUUUGUUACAUGUAUUAAUAUAACGUAACUUCUCCCUAGAGAAAGCGAAACCAAAAUCUAUAAAUGAUAUUGCCAAACUGCUCCAGCAAAAGAGCAAAGAGACCAACGAGAGAAAACCGUUUGCUUCUAAUACAACCAAACCAGCAACACCAAACCAAUCAACUGACGCAAUGCUUAUUGCCAAUGCAAAAGUUCAAACUUCUACCAUUAACCCUCCAGUAAAAGAUUCUUCAGAAUCUGCCAUUCCUGUGCACACCAAACCAGUUCAAGACACUUUAGUAGAUCUUCAAGCAGUGACCAGCCCUACAGGUUCUUCUCUGAAUGAAACCGCAUCCAGACUUAACUCUAUCCUAAUCCGUCCUGCUGUGGACUUUGCAUAUUCAAAUGUUAUUGACCAAAAUGCCACAGAGGGUCUGAAUAAGAAAAAAUACACUCAAAUUUCAAACGCAAAUGAUUUAGCAUCCAAUUUCGUUGAUUCAUAUGCUGGAUCCACCACUAAUGAUGCUCAUGGAGAUGUGACUACAAAUAUCACUCAAGUUUCUUCUCAGACAUCAGAAGUCAUUUCAUCCUAUGAAGUCGACACACAGAAUCAUGAUGCUUUUGAUGAACACACACCACAGGUAGUUGCUUGUGAAGAGACCGUCAACAUGGCUGAUGCUAUCAUGACAACUCCUGAAGUUUCAUCUGUGUUUCAAGGAGAAGAGCUGCGUUGUCUUUCAGAAGACGUCAACGUGAAUGUGAACAUUGCACAAGCACAAAACUAUCCACAACCUCUCCCUCAACACUUUCCUAACUGGUCUUCAAAUGUCAUUGCAGACAAACAAUCUUCUGAUGGACAGAUCCUCAAUCAGGCAUUUCCAGAGUCUUUACCAGAUGGCUCAGCCAUACAAGAUAUUUCCGAAGCUUUCUGUAGUAGAUCUGGAGAGGUUUGUCAAGUCUCUCCAUCUACUGAGUAUAUCGCAGGAGUCUCUUUAUUUAAAUCAACUGACGAUCUUUCAGUUGCUGGGACUGUAUCCGCCUGUAAAGCCGUAAAGGUUGAUGGAUUGUCAGAAAUGUCUGCCAAUGUUCAAAGCUCCAUCAGUCUGAAGGACCCAGUUCUUGCACAAACGGAUAUUUUAGUGGAAGAGAACCAGACAGAAGCAGCCGAGAUGCUGCCUGAGGAACAGCUGGAUCCAAUACAGAGACUCUUUCUCCACAAGAUACGGGAAUACUCCACAAAGAGCCAAGCCUCUGCUGGCCCUGUAGAUGCUGGAGCAGACUAUGAGAAAGCGUUCAGCGAAGAACUAAGCAAACUCCAGAGACUCUACGGUGGUGGAGACUUAACAAACUUCCCAGGAUUUAAGUUCUCUGAGCCUGUACUGGAUGAAAGCGACUCAAAAUGAAAAGCUCACCCCGGCAUUGUCAGGAGUAUAUCAUUGAUGAGGGCUCCUUUUAAAUGUCAUUACUUUAUAAAAGUCUUCCAUGCACUUACAGAACUGCAAAACAAAACAAAAGGGAAACCAAAAAUAAAUAUUGAACUUUAACAUUAUCAAAAUGUUCUUUUAUAUAUAUAUAAUGUGCAAUACAUACAGUGCUUAGUGUUAAUGAGCACACCCCAUUUUGAAAAUGAAUAUUUUGAUCUAUUUCUCAGUGA